AUGGACACGAUCCUCAUUGUCGAGGUUGGCUACAAGUUUCGAUUCUUUGGUGAGGAUGCCCGAGUGGCUGCCAAGGAGCUGGGCAUCGUGUGCAUACCAGGUAAAAUGCGUUAUGAUGAGCAUCCUUCGGAAGCUCACUUGGAUCGAUUCGCGUCGGCCAGCAUUCCGGUCCACAGGUUGCCCGUUCACGCGAAGCGCCUCGUUGCUGCCGGCCACAAAGUCGGAGUUGUACGCCAAAUCGAGACAGCGGCCCUGAAGAAGGCUGGCGACAACAGAAACGCCCCGUUUGUCCGCAAGCUCACGAAUCUCUACACAAAGGGGACGUACGUGGACGAGAAUGGAGAGCUGGACAGCCAGGACGCUUCCGCCCCAUCAGGCGGCUAUCUGCUCUGUAUCACCGAAACAGCAUCCAAAGGCGCCGGCACCGAUGAAAACGUCAAUGUCGGUAUUCUCGCUGUCCAGCCCGCCACUGGCGAUAUCAUCUACGAUAACUUUGAAGACGGUUUCAUGCGGAGCGAGAUCGAGACAAGGCUGUUGCACAUAUCGCCUUGCGAGUUCCUCAUCGUAGGAGACAUCACCAAGGGGACCGACAAGCUGAUACAGCACCUGUCGGGCAGCAGCACCAAUGUGUUUGGCGAUCGUGCCCGCGUUGAGCGUGUGCCCAAGAGCAAGACCAUGGCCGCCGAGGCAUAUUCGCAUGUGACACAGUUCUACGCCGACCAAGUGAAGGAGGCGUCGGAUAAUGAGACUGCGAGCGCCCUGCUCGACAAGGUGCUAAAGCUCCCCGAAGCCAUCACCAUCUGUCUGUCUGCCAUGAUCACCCACCUGCAAGAGUACGGGCUGCAGCACAUCUUUGGCCUUACAAAGUACUUCCAGAGCUUCAGCACCCGAUCCCACAUGCUGAUCAACGGCACGACGCUGGAGAGCCUCGAAGUCUACCGCAAUUCCACCGAUCACUCGCCAAAGGGCAGCCUUUUCUGGGCUGUCGACAAGACGCUCACCCGUUUUGGCCAACGUCUCCUGCGGAAAUGGGUCGGCCGCCCAUUGCUCGACAGAGAGCGGCUGGACGAGCGCCUCGCCGCGGUUCAGGAGCUUCUCGACAAGCAAAACACAUCGCCCGUCGACGACUUGGAACGACUCCUCACAACCACCAAGGCUGACCUCGAGCGCAGUCUCAUCCGAAUCUACUACGGCAAGUGUACGAGGCCAGAGCUUCUGGCCGUGCUUCAGACGUUACAAAAGAUUGCCAGUCACUACUCGUCCAUCAAAUCAGCCUCCGACGUGCCCUUUGACUCACCACUCAUCGUCAACGCCAUCACUACGCUACCCCAGAUCCUGGAUUCGGUCGUCUCCUAUCUCGAUCGCAUCAAUGCAUAUGCCGCCAAGAAGGACGACAAGUAUGGCUUCUUCCGAGAAGAAUAUCACACCGAAGAGAUUCAGGACCACCAGUUGGGCAUCGCCCACGUCGAGCACGAACUCGACCAGCAACGCGCCGUCGCCGCUCAGAAGAUCAAAGCGAAAAGCGUCGAAUACGUCACCGUCGCGGGCAUCGAGUAUCUCAUCGCCGUCCCCAACAAGGACAUCAAGAACGUCCCCGCCUCCUGGAGCAAGAUCUCCGGCACCAAGGCCCUCUCGCGCUUCCACACCCCCGAGGUCAUCCGCCUCAUCACCGAGCGCGACCAGCACCGGGAGGCCCUCGCCGCAGCCUGCGACAAGGCCUUCAAGGACUUCCUCGCCUCCAUCGCGUCCGAGUACCAGCCCCUCCGGGACGCCAUCUCCGCCCUCGCCACCCUCGACUGCCUCCUCUCCCUCGCCAAGGUCGCCGCCCAGCCGGGCUACACCAAGCCGACCUUUUUGCCCGCCACCAGCGAGCCCUCCAUCUCCAUCUCCCAAGGCCGCCACCCCAUGGCCGAGCACAUGCUCGAAGGCAGCUACAUCCCCUUCAGCACCACCCUCUCUCACCCCUCCGCCCUGGCGCACCUCAUCACCGGCCCCAACAUGGGCGGCAAGUCCUCCUUCGUCCGCGCCGUCGCCCUCAUCGUCCUCCUCUCCCAGAUCGGCUCCUUCGUCCCCGCCGACGCCCUCGAGCUCACCCUCUGCGACGCCAUCCACACCCGCGCCGGCGCCAGGGACAACCUCUUCGCCGGCGAGUCCACCUUCAUGGUCGAGGUCUCCGAGACGGCCCGCAUCCUCCGCUCCGCCACCCCCCGCAGCCUCGUCAUCCUCGACGAGCUCGGCCGCGGCACCAGCACCCACGACGGCGCCGCCAUCGCCCAGGCCGUCCUGCACCACGUCGUCACCGAGACCAGGUGCCUCACCCUCUUCAUCACCCACUACCAGAACCUCGCCCGCAUCGCCGAUGGCCUGCCCGGCGUCACAAACGUCCACAUGAAGUUCAACGCGGACAAGGGGCCUGAUGGCGAGGAGGAAAUCACCUUCCUCUACGAAGUGGGAGAGGGCAUAGCCCAUCGCUCGUACGGGCUCAACGUCGCCCGCUUGGCCCGCAUCCCCAAAAAGGUCCUAGACGUCGCCGCAGAAAAAUCAAGGCAGCUUGAAAACGAAAUGAGGUGGCGACGGUUGCAAGGUGCGUAUCGAACGCUUGCUCAUGUCCUGGAAUCCGACCCGGAUCAGCUGGACAAUCUGGUAUCAUCCAUCGAACAGCUAUAGGAAGCGGAAGACUGCUGUAUUUAUCAUGUCUAUGUACCAAUAUGGAAUCAUACGAACCCCAAGAUUGCUUUGCCACGGCCUUAUCUAUAUUCAGCCUCUCAACAGACAAAAUAAGCUGGCCAACAGGGCUGUCCUCUUCAAAUCGAUUACUGCUAUCGGUAAACGCGUCCCAUAUAAACCCAAUUUUAGAAAUGAGCGUAGAA